UUCAAGAUGGGGGAAGAAACUGGAUAGGAUCAAGACCGACGAUGAAGGGGCUGGUCUUGUUGUGCUCUGUCGCCGCCCUGUGGCUUCAGGCGGCAGUGGGGCUGCCGUUGCACACCGAUUCACGGUGGAUCGUGGACGAACAAGGGCAGAGAGUGAAACUAAGAUGCGUAAAUUGGGUGUCGCAUUUGGAAGCGGUGGUGGCGGAGGGGCUUUCGAAGCAGCCCAUCGACGAGAUUACAAACCGUAUUGGGUUAUUAGGAUUCAACUGCGUGAGGCUCACUUGGCCACUGUUUUUAGCCACAAACGAGUCUUUGAGUUCCCUCACCGUCCGGCAAUCAUUCCAGCGGCUGGGUCUGAGGGAAGCCAUCGCCGGAAUCCAAGCCAAUAACCCCUUCAUCAUCGAUCUUCCGCUCAUAAAGGCUUUUGAGGCGGUGGUGGGGAGGUUGGGGGAGGCGGAGUUGAUGGUGGUAUUGGACAAUCACAUCAGCAAGCCAGGGUGGUGCUGCAGCAACUUCGACGGAAAUGGGUUCUUUGGGGAUCAGUACUUCAACCCGGAGAAGUGGAUCGAGGGGCUCACUAGAAUGGCUACCAUGUUUAACGGCGUGGCCCAUGUUGUUGGUAUGAGCCUUAGGAAUGAGCUUCGUGGCCCAAAGCAGAAUGUCAACGAUUGGUACAGGUACAUGCAAAGAGGGGCGGAGGCAGUUCACGCAGCAAACCCAGACGUUCUUGUAAUUCUCUCAGGACUUAGCUUCGACAAGGACUUAUCUUUUCUCAAAACCCAACCCAUAAACCUCACAUUCACAGCCAAAUUAGUGUACGAGGUUCAUUGGUAUGCAUUUUCCGACGGCUCCUCAUGGCAAUCAGGCAACCCAAAUCAAGUCUGCGGAAGAGUAGUCAACAACUUAAUGAAAAUGUCCGGAUUUCUCUUAGAACAGGGGAUGCCUCUGUUUCUGACCGAAUUCGGAGUCGACCAAAGAGGCACCAACGUCAACGACAACAGGUAUCUAAGCUGCUUCCUGAGCGUCGCAGCCGAGUACGACCUCGAUUGGGCGGUGUGGACGCUCGUUGGAAGCUACUAUUUGAGAGAAGGGGUUGUUGGGUUGAACGAGUUCUACGGGUUGCUUGAUUGGAAUUGGUGUAAUCCUAGAAAUUCUAGCUUCCUCCAAAGGAUCUCCGCCCUGCAGACACCCUUCCAAGGCCCAGGACUAGCCGAAAGAAGGCCUUACAGUGUCAUGUUCCACCCAUCAACUGGGCUAUGCGUGGGGAGGAAGUCGCUAUUGGACCCACUAAGAUUAGGCCCAUGCGCCGAUUCAGAUCCUUGGUACUACACGCCGCAGAAGUUUUUAACUCUCAAAGGCACGUACUUUUGCAUACAAGCGCAGGACAUGGGGAAGCAGCCGAGAUUGGGGAUAAUAUGUACUGUCUCAAAUGCUCAAUGGGAUAUGGUUUCUGAUUCAAAGAUGCAUCUUUCUUCGAAACUCGACGAUGGAUCCGUGGUUUGCUUGGACGUUGACCCAAGUAGUAAUGAAAUUGUCACCAAUGCUUGUAAAUGCUUGAGUCGGGACUCGUCGUGUAACCCGAGUAGCCAAUGGUUCAAGCUCGUUAAUAGUACUAGAAGCUUGGGCGCGGCAAGGUCGAUGAUUAGUAUGGUGGGUUCUUCUUUGUCGUCCAAUCUUGUGCCUAAGUUGUUUGUGCAGUAAUUGUUAAGGCUAAAUUAAAGAGAAAAAAAACAUGCCCCCAUGCAGGAUCGAACUACAGACCUUCAGUUUACAAGACUGACGCUCUACCACUGAGCUAUAGGGGCUGUUGAUGUAAAUCAAGAUUUGAAAUUAUUACAUGCAAUUUCAUGGA